GCCCGCCCGGCCGCAGCAUGCCCAACACGGACGGGCUCGACACGGCGCUGAGGAUGUCCCUGCAGCGGAAAUCCUCCAAGAUCCACUCCUCGGCGGGUCCUUACGAGGGGCUCUGAGCCAUGUGAACCCAACUGUGAAAGCACACGUUUGGAGACUGAGCAACUAUCAGUUGAAAAGCAAUUCAGAUGUGGCUGUGUGGUGGCACUGCAAAAUCCGAAGACCAUUCUGAGCUGAGUGGUGUGGAGGGGGGGACUGGUCACCCUCUUGUCAUCCUUAGUUAGGGAUUACCAUGGAGAUCACUUUAAUCAGCUUUGAGACCUGCUAAUGCUGUAGAGAUCUUUGAAGGACUGCUGCUGUUUUCGUCUUCGUGCAGCCAGUGCAAGAAGGAAUGAACAUGAUGUCUCUGUGGCGUCGCUGGAAGAGAUGCUUCUCUCUAGGACCCGUCUGUUCCCCCUCGGGCUAUAAGAAGGCGGAUGAUGAGAUGUCCGGAGCCACGUCCUCGGCGGAUCUGGACGAGGCACCAGCCCGCACCAUUUACUUGAACCAGCCCCAGCAGAGCAAGUUCCGCGACAACUGGGUCAGCACAGCUAAGUACAGUGUGGUGACAUUUCUACCUCGAUUCCUGUAUGAGCAGAUAAGAAAAGCUGCAAAUGCAUUCUUCCUCUUCAUUGCCUUACUGCAGCAAAUUCCAGAUGUCUCUCCGACAGGAAGAUAUACCACCUUGGUGCCAUUGCUAUUUAUUUUAACAGUUGCUGGCAUCAAAGAAAUCAUAGAAGAUUAUAAAAGGCAUAAGGCAGACAGUGCAGUGAAUAAAAAGAAAACAGUAGUACUAAGAAAUGGGAUGUGGCAGAACAUUAUGUGGAAAGAGGUAGCAGUAGGCGAUAUUGUGAAGGUCACCAAUGGGCAACAUCUUCCAGCAGACAUGAUCAUUAUAUCUUCCAGUGAACCACAAGCCAUGUGCUAUAUUGAAACAGCUAAUCUUGAUGGGGAGACAAAUCUUAAAAUACGACAGGGUUUGUCUCAAACGGCUAGUCUUCAGUCAAGAGAAGAAUUGAUGAAAGUAUCUGGAAGGAUAGAAUGUGAAGGACCCAACCGUCAUCUUUAUGACUUCACUGGAAACUUGCGCUUAGAUGGUCAAAGCCCAGUUCCUGUUGGUCCAGACCAGAUCUUGCUGAGAGGUGCACAACUGAGAAACACCCAGUGGGUCUUGGGUAUUGUUGUGUAUACAGGACAUGAUACAAAACUCAUGCAGAAUUCAACCAAAGCACCUCUGAAGAGAUCAAAUGUGGAGAAAGUAACUAAUAUGCAGAUCCUGGUUUUGUUCUGUAUUCUUCUGGUUAUGGCCCUUGUGAGUUCUGUAGGUGCCUUAUUAUGGAACAGAACACACGGUGAAGUCGUCUGGUACCUUGGCUCCAACAAAAUGCUGUCUGUCAACUUUGGAUACAAUCUGCUGACAUUUAUAAUCUUGUACAACAACCUUAUUCCAAUCAGUCUUCUGGUGACGUUGGAAGUUGUCAAGUUUACUCAGGCUCUUUUUAUAAAUUGGGACAUAGAUAUGUAUUACCCUGAAACAGAUACACCUGCAAUGGCCAGAACCUCAAACCUGAAUGAGGAACUUGGGCAGGUAAAAUACCUGUUUUCUGAUAAAACAGGUACUCUAACAUGCAAUAUCAUGAACUUCAAGAAAUGUAGUAUUGCUGGAGUGACAUAUGGUCACUUUCCUGAGCUGGAAAGAGAGCGCUCAUCAGAAGACUUCAGCCAGCUACCUCCUUCCACCAGUGAAUCAUGUGAAUUUGAUGACCCAAGACUGCUGCAAAACAUAGAAAAUGACCAUCCCACAGCUGUGCACAUACAGGAGUUCCUCACUCUUCUGGCUGUGUGUCAUACUGUUGUUCCUGAGAGACAAGGAAAUAAAAUUAUCUACCAAGCCUCCUCUCCAGAUGAAGGGGCAUUAGUGAAAGGAGCAAAAAAACUUGGUUAUGUCUUUACAGGCCGGACUCCACAUUCGGUUAUCAUUGAUGCGCUGGGAAAAGAAAAAACCUUUGAAAUUCUUAACGUGUUGGAGUUUUCAAGCAACAGGAAGAGAAUGUCAGUGAUUGUUCGAACUCCAGCAGGACAGCUACGUCUCUACUGCAAAGGGGCUGAUAAUGUAAUUUUUGAGAGGCUUUCAAAAGAUUCCCAGUAUAUGGAGCAAACGCUGUGCCACCUUGAAUACUUCGCAACAGAAGGUCUGAGGACUUUGUGCAUUGCUUAUGCGGAUCUGUCAGAAAAUUCUUACAGAGAGUGGCUGAAUGUCUACAAUGAAACCAGUACAGUUCUGAAAGACAGGACUCAGAAGCUGGAGGAAUGCUAUGAGAUCAUUGAAAAGGAUUUGCUGCUUCUUGGAGCUACAGCCAUUGAAGACCGCCUGCAAGCAGGUGUUCCAGAAACAAUAGCCACACUAAUGAAGGCAGAAAUUAAGAUAUGGAUUCUGACAGGGGACAAACAGGAAACAGCUCUCAAUAUAGGGUACUCUUGCAGACUCAUUUCCCAGAGUAUGUCUCUUAUCCUGGUCAAUGAGGAUUCACUAGAUGCAACAAGAGCCUCUCUGACUCAACAUUGUACCAAUUUGGGGGAGUCGCUGGGCAAGGAAAAUGAUAUCGCUCUGAUUAUUGAUGGCCACACACUGAAGUAUGCCCUUUCAUUUGAAGUCAGACAGAGCUUUCUGGACUUGGCACUCUCUUGUAAAGCAGUCAUUUGUUGCAGAGUAUCUCCUCUACAGAAGUCUGAAAUAGUAGACAUGGUCAAGAAACACGUCAAUGCCAUAACACUUGCCAUUGGGGAUGGUGCCAAUGACGUAGGAAUGAUCCAAACAGCUCACGUUGGAGUGGGGAUCAGUGGCAAUGAGGGCAUGCAGGCAACCAAUUGCUCGGAUUAUGCUAUUGCACAGUUUUCCUACUUGGAGAAGCUGUUGUUGGUCCAUGGAGCUUGGAGUUACAAUCGAGUUACCAAGUGCAUACUAUAUUGCUUCUACAAGAAUGUGGUUUUAUAUAUUAUUGAGCUUUGGUUUGCUUUCGUUAAUGGAUUUUCUGGGCAGAUCUUAUUUGAGCGAUGGUGCAUUGGUCUGUAUAAUGUGAUUUUCACAGCAUUGCCACCCUUUACUCUGGGAAUUUUUGAACGAUCGUGUACUCAAGAUAGCAUGCUUAGAUUUCCACAGCUAUAUAAAAUUACUCAAAAUGCAGAUGGGUUCAACACAAGGGUUUUCUGGGGUCACUGCAUCAAUGCCCUCAUCCAUUCCAUCAUUCUCUUCUGGCUCCCACUGAAAGUGCUGGAGCAUGAUGCAGUAUUCACAAAUGGCCAGGGAAUUGACUAUUUAUUUGUUGGAAACAUAGUUUACACUUAUGUUGUAGUCACUGUUUGUCUGAAAGCUGGCUUGGAAACAACUGCGUGGACUAGAUUCAGUCACCUGGCCGUCUGGGGAAGCAUGCUGCUCUGGCUGGUGUUCUUUGGUGUCUACUCAGCCAUCUGGCCCAUGUUUCCCAUCGCACCAGACAUGCUGGGACAGGCUGGAAUGGUCUUAAGAUGUGGAUACUUCUGGUUUGGCUUGUUUCUCGUGCCCACUGCGUGCCUUGUUAAAGACGUGGCAUGGACAGCGGCCAAGCAUACCUACCAUAAAACUUUACUGGAGCAAGUUCAGGAGUUGGAGAUGAAGACGAGAGAGCUGGGAAAAGCCAUGCUUCGUGAUAGUAACGGAAAGAGUGUGAACGAACGUGAUCAUUUGUUAAAAAGGCUUGGCAGGAAAACUCCUCCGAGCCUUUUCCGUGCUCAUUCUGUCCAGCAAAGUGUAUCGCAUGGGUAUGCGUUUUCUCAAGAAGAACACGGUGUUGUUUCCCAGUCGCAAGUUGUUCGAUCCUACGAUACAACCAAAAGGAGAGCAGAAAUAGAAUAAACGGUUCUUUACUCGUUGGGUGGUGGGAAUAAUGGGAUUUGGAUCAAUGCAUCCACUGUUAACACAUUCUUGACGAGGGUUGGCAGCAGCAGCCAAAACACCAGAGAACUCAUUUCUGUGGCCUUAGCCAACAAGUUUCUGUAUUCUCCCUGCAAACCUUGGGUACAUACUGUGGGGGGAAAUAAUUGUUUGAAUUCAGUCGCAAAGCUCUGCCUAAAGUUUUGUUUAUGUUGUUAUGAAGCAUUUGACUGUGCUGUGUGAGGUGUGAAAUUAAAAACAAUCUUUUACCACUAUUUAAAACAUCAGCAUAAGGUUGUUCUGGGAGAAAAGUAGAAAAUUUAUGUUCCAUGAGAAAUCAGCCUUUGCUUAAUUGGAACGGGGUGCUGAGAUUUCCUGUUUUGUUACACACAGACCAAGCGCACACGGCUGCAUGCAGACCUUACUCCCUCUAAUAUUCACCGGUUAUUAAUUUGGCUGAAAUUUUUAACUGACAAUUUGGCAUAAAAUUUUUGAUUGCAACACAGUCUGUAGGUAAAAAGGCUUAUUUGCUGCCAUAAGCUCUUAGAAAGCUUAUGCUGUCUGACAGAGUAACACAAGAUAGCAAUGAUUACUUAAAAUAUUUCUUGCCCUCUUAUGGGAUUUAUUAGGGCUCUAUCUUAGCUUUCUAAAACCCAAUUAAUAGCUCACUCAGGAAGCCAGGAUGUGAAAGUCAGAGAGCUCAGCAGGGCAGCUCUCUCGAGUGCAUGGCAUUGUGCACAAAGAUGAACUCAAAUAGGUGCCUCCUGGUAACUCUUCAUGACGUAUUUGGACAUGCACUUCAACUGUAGCCUGGGAUUUCCCUCUGUGACCCAUUCCCACUUUAACAACAGAACAAAACAGUGAGAACCUCAAAGGUAUAAGCUUGUCAGGUGUUGAGGAAGAAGAUGUGCGUCCAUGCAGGAGCCUGAUAUUGUAACCCUAAAGAAGCUUUCCCCUGACCAGGUAAGAUAAGCGUGCAAAGGAAGGUUAGGAACGGUUUACACACGUGCGUGCACACGCAUGUACACCCACAGAGCUGGUCAUUGUGAAGAAAAGACCUGCUGUUUGUUUGUUCAGCCAAACCCAGGCCCUCUUGUAGAUCUGAUCCAUCAGCAGGCUUCCUGACACACUCGGGCCAGUGGGCCCUGGAAGGAAUGCUGGCUCCAUGGCCUCGCUGUGCCAGUGGGACAGGCGUGCUGCUGCAUAGAUUGGAAUUUAAAAAAAAAAAAAAAAAAGGCAAAAACUGGGGCAUAAGUUAAAGCUGAAAGAGCUCUUAGAAAGCUUCUGCUGUCCUCCAGACAAGUUCUAUUAAUUUUAGUCGCCAAGCCACGUUUCUGAAUAGCAUAAAGUAAAUACUGCUGUGUUUUAGCCAGGUUUCAUGGUUAAUGUAUAUACUCCAUCUGUGCAUUUUAAAAAGUUGGCGUUGUUUUUUGCCCUAUUGACAGUCAUCCAGAACUUUUUAUUGAUUUAAAUGUAUCCAAAAGCAAUUUUAAUAUGAAUAUUUAUGUUUAGCAAGGAAAAUGAAAACACCAGCCUGGCCCACUGGCUUAAUCUUCCUUAAGGGUUGUGAGUAAAUGCCAGCGCUGAAGUGUCAUAGUUCAAUUCCCAGUGCCGGCUCGGAGUCCCCUUCCAUGUUAAAAAGAAAAUUCUGCUUCUGCAGCACCAGGCAGGAUUGCUCCUGGAUUAGGCUGAUGGCACAGAGGGAAAAGUUAUCACCACCUUUCUGCAGUGCUAAUGAGACAAUUAUGCAAUAAGGGAAAUGUGCAAAUAAUUUUGCCAUAGGCAUGAAUGUCAAGGGGCCAAGUGUGGGUAUAUGUAUUUUCUGGGAGAUGAAUUUUGUUUAAAGGCAUGAAUACUAGUGCAGAGUAUAAAUAAGGGGAGGGUAAACGUGAUCCCAGGAGAUUUUAAAUCUUAAUGCUGAUCUAACCUCUUAAACACUUUCUUUUAUUUAGAAACAAAAUCUAUUUAGGAAAUGUGAGGUGUAAGCCUGUCCUCAGAACUGCAAACUGUUUCUUCCUUUUGUAACAGCACAAGGAAAAUUAACUUCCCACUGAGACAAAGCGAGACCAGCUUAGUCUUUGUACUCUAAACCACACACUAAACAUUGGUAUGUAAACAGUUUGGAGGCUUUUCACGAGGAUACAGAAGAAAACUUCCAAAAACCUCUCGGUGGUGAAGAAAGGCAAGUAAAUGUGUUGAGCAGAGAAAAGAAAGUAUCCUGAAAUCUUUACUGUUUUUAACUCAGUGCAACAGAAUUUUACAGACCAUAAUGAGAGAUGCUGAGGAGGAGCAGCUGUCAUCUAAUGUGAUUUAUUUUAUUAGUGCAGACUAUGGGCUGUAUCAUUUUGACCUCUCUGUAAAUUGAGGUCAGUGUGUGUCACAAACACAAACCCUCCCUAGAGUGGCUAGUGGCUUAGAUAGAGCUACGUGUGUUGGGUGUCAGCUCAAUGGGAAUUACACAUGGGGUUUGUCACAGGGCUAUACAGUAUGUGACACUGGGGCUAGCGGGUCAGACUUUAUCACCACUGUAAGGCCUUAAUCUCUAGCUGAGUUAAUCCUGUAGAGCCCACCCAGGUCAAGACCUGGCAUUCUUCUUGUUCUUUGGAGUCAUUACAGGAAUUAAUGUAGUGUAAUUAAUGUAUUGCUGUAGCCCGACUGUUGGCGUUGCUUGUCUUGGUGAACAGUGAUGAGGUGUAUUCCGGUGGUGUGUUCGCAAGAGAACAACAGCUGCUGUGCAUCAGCAGAAUUCCUUGUUCGUUAACACAGGGGCAUGCAGCAGUAACAGAGAACCUUUGAAAGCGCAGUGUGGAAGCAUUAUCAACUAGACAGGGUAUCGGAGCAGCAGGAAUGGAAGAUUUCUGCUUGACUGUCCAGACUUAACUACCGAAGGCUGAUCAGAAAAGGGUUUCUUGAGCAGCUCUCUGCACUGACCUAAGUGGGGGUGGGGGGUGGGGGGGGGGGGGUUGAAUACGCAGAAGGAAGUGGUGAUGUUCCUGAAUUAAACCUGAAUCUGCUUGCUUCUUUUUGUAACACCAUAAUCGCUGCUUGCAUAGAAGCUGCUGUUCCUUUAAUGAUUGCCUAGUAGCAAAUUAAAGCCGGUGAGCGGGAGCCUGAGCUGAGCGCUGCUGAGAAGUCUGUUGACAUUUUCUUUUCCUUGACAGGGCUUCAGGUCUUGCUGUAGGGAGCUAGCAUGGGAAGUCAGUAAUAACUUGUCAAGGAGAAAUGGCAAAUAACCAAUAAAAGUAUCUGAGUCCAACUAAGCUGCUAAUGUAUCUAAAAAUGUGUGUGGAGUUAACAUGAACUAUAUGGGCUGUAAAUUAAGAUAACAGUCAAGCCUCACUAAUCUGCACUUCACUAGACCACACGCCUCUUAGUGCAAGCCAGAAAUUUGCAGUCUCUUCCCCUGGCUCAGCCAGCAGCUAAUAGCAGAUGCUGCAGGGAAGUCUCCUCUUACCAAGAUUACAUUAUUUUUAUAGCGUGUACCGGAGCGUGUUUGCUGGGAGACAGUCAGUGCUCGUAAGUAAAGAAGAGAAAGCUCAGGUGGACCAGAAUAAGUGAAAUGCUGGGACUGUGCUGUGAUCAGUGGCCACACUGGCUGCAACUUGGCCCUCUGCGAACAACCCCAAGAGCUUGAGGGGUGCAUGCUGCAGGUUUAUUUUUCCCUUUUUGACUAACUCACCAAAUUUGCUGUUUUGCAUUGCCUCCAGUCAUCAGGGCCAACUAGUGAAGUUCUAUUUACAUUCUCCUUGGUUUUAUAAAUGACGACUUAAUUUAGCUUUCAAAUACUCCGAGGAAGACUGUCCUUUAGCUGUUAUGCCUCACAGCUCAAGUUUGAAGCGGAGCAGCCCUUGAGUGGGUGUUCACCCUCAAGAAGCACUUUGGAUUUGUCAGAUUUCUCCUUAAUUUUAAGGCACUGAGGAUAUUUUACCUUAGUUUUGGAUCAUCACACAGCAUCAAUGCCUUAAACUUGAGUCAGUUCUCAGGGAGAGCUCUGUGUCUUGUUGAGUCUAACAAUAAACGGUGAUGAUAUGAAAUACCUGAUGGGCCGGAGGAGAAUUUGGCUGUGUCUAUGCUAUACCUGAUACACCUGGGUAGCAGUUUGCUUUUGAAAUGUGGCACUGACCAUGCGUGUUCCUCAGUCUCCAGACGCUUGGGCUCCUCCUGUGCUAUCGGGAAGGACCCUGGCACUCAACUCCCCUGGCGUCCCUCUGUCCUACAGCUCCACACCUCCUUGAGAAUGCUGAGCACCAAGCAGAUCCAGGCCCUUCUCCCUGCGGGGUCCCCUGGGCACAGCCCCGAGGCUGUCCUGCAGGCAGCUGUUAGAGGCACAGGUGAAAUGCCUAUCAAAUGGGGAGCGUUUUGAAUUCAAAUCCGAGUGUUUCCCUAGCCAUAACUCAUAACUGCCGCUGCGGACAGUGUGAAGAGGUAUACAAGAAACGAAGAAUCAGCAGAUUAUGGACCUGAUGGCUGGACUUGUGCACAGCCCGUUCUCAUCCCAUCAGUCAGGCCCUGCAUGAGCAACCGUGGCACGUGGCGAGUGAGGGAACGGGCACUGUCACCUCUCUUUAGCACGUUGCUUAUUUGCAGCCACAUCACUGUUGUGCAGAAGCCCUCUGUGCAGGAGCUCUUUCCCAGACCCCACUCUGAAGGGCAGCUCUCCAGCCAGGCUAAGAGGCAGCCCUGAGGAGCUGCCUGUUCCGUAACGUGGUGGCACAGUUGUCUUUUGUGCCAUAGAUGGUGGCCAGUGAAACUCUCCUAGCAGCAGCAGGCAUAAAACAAGCUGCUCCAGGAGCACGGCCGCUGCUGCUUUGAAAAUGACCUGUUAGUGCUGAUGAGGUGGGGUCUUUGACAUGAGCUGAGCUUUCAGACGGAUGGUUUUCAGAGCUGACUCUUCCUCAUGCUGAGCCUUCUGGGUUGACUGCAGGUAAUUCCUGUUAGAAUAGAGUGAAACAUGCUUUUACCCUUUUUCUGUACCAUACAUGAAAGGCUUGGUGCUUGCUUUGGUGAAACCAUAUGCGUUGAUUAUUUUCUUAGAGCUUUCUCCUCCUGUGUGGCAUUGGGGCAAGUCUCUGUGGUUUGAUUACACAUUUAACACAGCCCUGCUCUCUUUUUAUUUUCACUAGUCUUACGAUAUUGCUUACACUGACUUCUCAGAACCAAAUAGCUCCAGGAGGGAGAGCUCAGAUCCUCUUACCUGAAAGCUUCAUUAUUCUCCAGACACCCAGGAGAGCCUCCACUACCCUUCAGUGCUUGUGACCGGAGCUGGGAGUCUGGAGAAGACCAUAGGAGAGGUCAGUACAAUAGAUGACAACAAAAAAAAUCCACAUGGGGUGCAGAGAAUAACUCUUUCCACACCUCUUUGUACCUAGCAGCAACAUUAAUGUAGACUUUGAGCCUUGUUUGCAAAUGAAAACCAGAAAGAGCCCUGCGCUGCUCAGCCACAGAACUGAAUCCCAAAGGGGAUCGCUUCCCAGUGGCCUGCAGCCUAGCCGGGUUUAUCUGGCCGGGAACGUGCUCUCGGAUGGGCUGUCUGGGGGGGUGAAGGGACUGGGAAACGAAAUGGCUUGGCCGAGUCCACUGCUGCUGUUAGAGGCAAGGGAGGGGAGGCAUUCCUCAGUCUGCCCUGAAGAGCUGUGAUAAAGCUUACUUUUACAGUUCCUUUCUGCAGCUCUGGGAAGGGAGAGAGAGAGAGCCACGUUGUGAGCUUGUGAAGCUCUGUUAUCACCUGAAGCUGAGCUUUCUCUGGCACCAAGCUGAGUCCCGGGCUUGGAGAAAGGGAAGGUGUCCCUGCCAUAAGCCCCCCUGCUUGGCAUCCCUCAGCUCUAGCAGAUUGUUUUCUGGGUUAUGACAGACAGCUAAAUUCUUUACUGGUGGUUGUUUGCCUCAUGGACCCACGGGAUUGGAGCGCUGACAUGAUUUCUGUCCUGACAGGGAAUGUUUUUCACAAAGAGGUAAUGGGACUUCUCCUUGGGUGUUGCUCUUGGGCAGGUUCCUAUCCCCCAGGCUGGUGGAAGGGACUUGGGAAUCUGGGGACCUGGGUCUUUUUGUGAUAGAGUGUGAAGCUGAGGGGUUGUUUCAUUUGGAUUCGUGGCUUGCUCAUUUGUGGUGUGGACAGAAAGUAACAUAGCUGAGUGCUGGUGUUUCUCCAAAGCGUUCCUUUCUGUGUGAAGAAGGUGAGACAAGUUCUCCUGACGUCUGCCACGAGGGAAUGGUUCUCUCUCAGCAUCUCUGAGGCUACUAAAGAGAAAUAGAAGGGGGUAAAUGACAAAUUCCGUGUGGGCAAGCCCAGCUCUGGGCAGUCACACGGAAAUCUAACGAUGAAGAAAAGACUAAUAUAUUGCCAAACUGUCACUGUGCAUAGCUGGGAGGUCAGCACCCUUGUAAUUAUGGAGUGAUGAAGCCAAAGGAAAAAGCCAACAUUAACAAAAAGACGUGAUUGUUUUAAAUUCUGACCACCUUACUGGGUGGCUUCCCUGCGAAGAUGUUCCAGAUGUUGUCUUGGCAUAAAUUAAUCAAUUUCAAAACUUCUGCAAGGGUUUCUUAGAAAACAUGGAAUUUAACAGACAAUGCAUAUGCGCUCCUUUGUCCUUCUGAUUGGUAUUUUGAUUCAGGAAGGGAAUGCAGGCACUUGCUGUUCUUACUGUCAAGAGCUCUUAGACUGGAAAAUUGCUCAAAGUUGUUUCUUAACUCUCUUUAAAAAAAAAAAAAAAAAUAGAAAAAAAAAAAAAAAAGAAAAGGGGCUCCAGAUAACAUAAAGCAAUGAGGCAGCAAAGCCCUCUGGGACUGUGUGUGCAUGUGUGUGUUGGAAGAGUCAUCCGACUAGAAACCCUCCCCCUGUCCCUCCUCCUGCCCCCAAAGUGCAGCCCAUUGCGCUGAGAGGUCAAAUAUUCAGCGGCUUGAGUGACAGGAUCUUUAACAGCAUCUUUUUCAUCAGCGAGCCAAGUCAUGUGCCCGCUUGUCUGUCAUAUCUGUACUCGAAUUGCUUAAAUAUUGUUUCAGAUGGGGAGGUUUUAAUCUGGAUAUGCAGAGAGGAGUAAUGCUGUGGGGGGAUGUUUAAUUGGCUCCCAGCAGAGCAGCAGUGGUGCGUGGGUUUUUUCCUCUAGAAGUGUUACCAUUUUCACGUCCUAUUAAUGUCCUCUGGUAGUUUAAAUACAGCAUCGCAUUACAGUGGAGUUUGUUUCCCUCCCCGACUGAAUACAAAUGAAGGUCAUUUACUUGUAUUUUUAGAAGGUUCGGAAAAAUUAGAAAAUUUGUAGCUUUGAACAGCAUUGUUGACUGUUGUAUGUCUGCACAAAAAUAUUUCCAAUAAACCUUUUAUUAAAGCA